AGAGCAAACACGUGAACCGCGGUCCCCCAACCCGGGCGGGUUCGGUGGUUCGCCGGUUCGGGUAGCCUAAACUCCGGGAAAUUUGAGUAGUCUCGAGACUCGAGGGGUUGAAUUUUGAUUGUUUUUUUUUGUUUUGAAGGAAAGGCGAAUCGUGUUCUCUGGUUUCUGUGGGUAGGCAAAGUUUGGGAUGGGGAGGAUCUUCCUCGUCGAGCUUGAAGGCAGUGCUUACAAUUGCAGGUUCUGCCACAGUCCACUCGCUCUCGCCGACAACAUCCUUUCUCGGUCUUUCAGUUGCCGUCAAGGGCAGGCAUACCUUUUCAACAAUGCGGUGAAUAUAACGCUUGGACCUCAAGAGGAGAGGAUGAUGAUGUCUGGUGUGCAUACUGUGGAGGAUAUAUUUUGCUGCAGCUGCGGACAAAUCCUUGGCUGGAAAUAUGUGGCAGCCCAUGACAAAACCCAGAAAUACAAAGAAGGGAAAUUUGUUCUUGAAAGAUGGAGGAUAACUGGGGAGGUCGCCGAAGAAUUGAAUCCGGAAAAUCGGCUUGGCUCAAGUGAUGCAGAAAGUUCUUAGCUACUCCCUCCAGCUCCAGCAUGUAAAAUAUAAAUCGCAAGACUAAGAUGAUAUACAUUAAUUGAUCCUCUAUAGAUGCGCUGAUUUCCUGAGGCUUUCGAAUAAAUAAAAUAUGCAUAUUGGAAACCUCUAUUAUUUCUGGGUGGCUCUCUUGUGUAUAUUCGUAUGGUCCAGGUGCUCGGAGACCUACUAUAACUACUAAUAAUAAAUGGUAUUUCAAACA